AUGACAGAAUUUGACCAACAUGUGAAAGACUACCUAUCUGCAGGAGAAAAAUUGGAUUCUGAGCUCUAAGAAUUAACAUAACUCACUGUAAAAGCUUUUGAGUAGAUGAAGAUUGUCAUGCAAUUUUCAAAAUAUCUCAAAAAACCAUAACAAGAUAACAUAAAAUAAAUUUCAAGUAUCUUAAAUGAUAAAGUUUUUAAGCCAAUCAACUCUGCAAAGGCAGGAAUUAAAUAUCCUAACCACUUAAAAACUGUAAUUUAAGGUAUCUCUGCUGUUAACUGGGUCAUUUGUGUAAGUUUCCUCAUUUAUCUAUAUAUCAUACUUUAAUUAGAGUUUAUCUAAAAUAACUAACUAUUUAGAUUUAAUUAUAUUGAGUUUCACGAAGCAUAUAGUCUAGCUUAAAGUUUAUCAUAGUGUCAUCAUUUAAAUUAUGUUACUUUGCAUUUAAAAUGUAACAGGUUAAUAUAAUGCUAAAAAUAAUAAGUCCCAGCAUAUAGAAUGCUAACCAAGCGAUUUUUUAAUAAAUCAAUUAGAUUUGUCUCUUUAUAAAUUAAGAUAUGA